AUGUCGCGCUGUGUGACAAGAUUCGCCGAAAGUUCUUUAAUUCUGGUGUAAAGUGUGUAAAGAGUCGCUAUGGAUUUUGCACGCAGGUUUGUUUGAUUAACUGGACAGUUUUGAAGUUUUCCCGACUAGUGAAAGUUGAGUAUAAGGAGAAGGGAGGAGAAUCUGCCCCCUCUCAUCAUGGCGGAUUUGUUAUCAGAGGGCAGUGAUGUGAGUGGAACAGAGGAGAGUCAGGAGGAGGAUGUGCUCACCCCAGCAGAGCUCAUCUCCAGGCUGGAGGAGGCCUGGCUGAAUGAGAAGUUUUCUCCUGAGCUGCUGGAGAACAAAUCUGAGCUGGUGGAGUGUGUGAUGGAGCAGCUUACACACAUGGAGGAGAAUCUGAGACGGGUCAAGAAAGGAGACCUGAAGGCCAGCGUGCACCGCAUGGAGAUUGACCGCAUCCGAUUCGUCCUGAGCAGCUACCUCCGCUUUCGACUGCAAAAGAUUGAGAAGUUCUUCCCUCAUGUCUUGGAGAAGGAGAAGUCUCGGGCCGACGGCGAUCCGUCCUUCCUCUCUCCUGAGGAGUUCGCCUUCGCCAAAGAGUAUCAGGCGAAUACGGAGACGUUCCUGAAGGCUGUAGCUCUGAAACACAUGCCUCCGAAUCUACAGAGCAUCGACAUGCUGAAAGCAGUUCCAGAACCAUGUUUGGACUCGUUUGUUUUCCUGCGAGUGAGGGAAAGGCAGGAGAACAUUCUGGUGGAGCCUGAGACUGAUGAUCAAAGGGAGUAUGUAGUGGAUCUGGAGGAGGGAUCUCAGCACUUGAUGCGAUAUCGUACCAUAGCGCCUCUGGUGGCCAGCGGUGCAGUGCAGCUCAUAUAGCUCAGCAGAAAUACACGAAGGUCAAUGGCCACAGCUUUCCAGAAGAUGGUGCAUCUCUUCAUUACUUUGAUCUCGAACAUACAGAUGAAAGUGGAACAUUGAAGUAGUGCCAAAAUAAAAAGACAUUGGGGUUUUGUUGGCUAGUCACAAAGAUUCUGCUCUACUGGGAGGCCUGGACAUGGAUGUAGGAGGGCCCAGCAUGAAAGCACACAUUGAUUGAUUGUAUUGAUAACACAGGUUUAUUCAAAGGUGCCUUAAACCAUAUUUGUACCGUUACUCUUACUACUACAGCAAAGGAAAAACAUCAAGUGAGCAUGAAACUGAACUGUUAAAACAAUCCACUCAUCCAUUCAUCUAUCUAUCUCUCUAUCUAUCACAUCUUUCAAGACUUACGAUACGAUGGAUCCAUCCAUCCAUCCAGCUCCAUGAUUUUGUUCCCAUAAUUAAUGGCAGGGAAGACAGAUUUAACCAUGACUCAAUAAAGACUUGUAAACUGCUUAAA